CCCGCUUCCCUCCACCCCUCUCACCACCAGGCACCACUCGCCUUCUCAUCGUCAAGCGAUCCCCGAUCCGCGACCCGAUCGCCAGCAAGCUCACACUCGGCGCUUCCUGCGGCAACGGUUUCCCCUCCGGCGCCGACGAACGGCGAGCCUCGGUUCUUGCAGUGCAGCAGCGGCUUGCAGCAAUGGCGGAGGCAGGGGAGAGCGGCGGGCGGGCGCGGCUGGUCUCGGAGCUGGUCCGCGUGCAGGACCUGGUGCACCGGCUGGAGCUGCAGCUGCGCGCGCCCGCGGACGCCGCGUCCGUCGACCUCUGCCGCCAACUCAUCCACCAGAUCGUCGCGCUCACCGACCGCUCCAUCGGGAUGGCCCGCUGCUCCCCGGACCUCGCCGCCGCCGCCGCGCAGCAGCAGCAGCAGCCGCUGUCCGGCGCGCCCAGCCCCCUGAGCGACGCCGGCUCCGACCACCACCAGCCGUUCCUCCGGGCCAGCCCCAAGAAGCGCAAGGCCACGGCGCGCUGGACCAACCAGCAGGUGCGCGUCAGCGCCGCCGGCGCCGGCGCCGAGGGCCCCGCCGACGACGGCCACAGCUGGCGCAAGUACGGCCAGAAGGACAUCCUCGGCGCCAAGCACCCGCGCGCCUACUACCGCUGCACCCACCGCAACUCGCAGAACUGCCCGGCCACCAAGCAGGUGCAGCGAACCGACGACGAUCCCAGCCUCUUCGACGUCGUCUACCACGGCGACCACACCUGCCGGCCCUCCGCCGCGCCCACCAGGAGGACGCCGCACAACCCGCACGCGCAGGCCGCGCUGCAGGGCCUCGCCGCCCGCCUCACGGUGACCACGGACGACGCGAUCGCCGCCGCCGCCGCGCUCCCGCCGAUGACGCCCGAGCCCGACAGCUGCCCGCCGCGGGGCGCGUCGUCGCCGUGGUCGCUGGCCUCGCCAGUCGGCUCCGACUCCAACGGCUGCGCGCAGGCCGUGUCGCCAUGCCCCGUGCCCGGGUACGCGGCCUGGGGCUCCCACGGCGACCUCCAGGAGGUGGUCUCGGCGUGCGCCGCCGUGUCCGACCUACAGGGACUGCCGGCGCUGGACAGCGAGUUCAUGCCGCUCGAGUGCUUCGCGUUCGACCAGAGCUUCGACAUGGGCGGCGUAAUGCCGAGCCUCUUCUAUCCAUGAGGAGAACAAGACUAGAGCCCUGUCCAUGUCUCCAUGACAGGAGGGAAGAGCAGAGGAGCCUCCUCUUCCUAACAACUGUGCAGUAGCAGAAAAGCAGCAGAGCUUUUAGAGUAUCUGAAUAGCAUCUCUUUGUUUUUGUUUCACUCCCCUUCGUUUUGUUUUCACUAUCCUCCACUUGUUGGUUGGAUUUGUUGAUUUCAGUCAGCAAGAGAAAAGGAAUCAGAAUUUACUUAUGGAAUGUUUUUUUUCUAAAUCCCAAAAAAA